AGUCGACACUCGGCUAAACGCUCGCGCUCGUAACAUACAUCUAUAUCUAUAUAUCUAUUCAUAAAUAUAUUCAAAUAUAUACGAGAGAAGAGCGGGGGAGAUCAGUCCAACGCUUGUGUUUAAUACAGUCAACGCAUUGACACACACGCGUGUGUUUACCGCUGCUUCUGGUGUCGAGCCCACGUUCGCACACACAUACGCGCGAGAAUCUCUCGUAUUAUUUCUUUCUCUCUUUCUCUCUGCUGUCCCACUCGCUCCAAGUCGCGAGUCUUUGUGUGCGUGUGUGUGUAUCCGUGUGUAUAUAAUAGUCUCCGUGCUCCGCUUAUAGGCUGGCGAGAUCCGCAGAGCCACAACAUUCGGCAAAGCGCGGCGCACAAGCGAACACAUACACGGCAGAUAUAGUAGUAAAUAUACAUCAAUUCACGCGUGCGAAUCUUCUCGACUUGAACAACUUUUAACUCUGUAACAGCCGGAUAAUAUUAAUAUAAUACAAGUGAAUCUCCGCAACCAUUGUCGUCGCUGCAUCAUCCAUAUAAAGUCGCUUGUGUGCACUCGUCUUCUAUAAGUAAAUCAUAUACAAGUAGUAGCCGCCGAUCGUUGUGUGUAAAGAAGAAGACGACAACGAAGAAGAAGAACACUCGCUCACGUACUACACACCGCACAUCAGAGCCAACGUCGCGCAGCAGAGGUCGCAGUUCAAUUUCGUCUUGGCAUUUUCUGCAGUCGUCGUCGUAGUGCUGACACUCUUUGUCGUGCUCGAGCUUACAUAGUACCUACGUUUCACGCUGCUAUUUGUUGUUUUUUUUUUCGAGAAAAAAGUGACAUUUACCAAACACACAUCACAUCAUGUCGGCGUCACCAAUCGCGAGAGCAGCCACCCAAGCCCAAGGCAUCCCCUCGAAGAGCGUCGUCAUCCACGACGCCAAUCAGAUGCCAGCCGAUUACUCGUCCACGCCCGGGGGCACUCUCUACUCCACCACACCGGGAGGUACUCGAAUAGUUUACGAGCGAGCAUUCCUGAUGAAUUUGAAAAAUUCGCCGAUAUCGCAGACCCCGCCAAAAAAUUUACCAUCCAUACCGGCCAGCAUGCUGAGGGAUGGAAUCUUGUCGCCUGGCAAAACACCGAGUCCACCGACUAAAGAUACAGUACUGAUCGAGGAGACUUCGGAACAAUUCGAAAUGGAUCUGUGAGCGGUGCGAGUCAUUUCUCAACGCGAGUCAAAAACUAUGACUGAGAUACAAAACAGCGUCUACAUCCUUUUCAGUCAUUUAAGCAAGAAAAUGAAGAAAAAAAACUGCGAUCUCGAUUCUACACACAUAUCCGAAACGCCGCUACAUUAGCUGUCGUUCAUUAAUAUACUGCUCUAUGUUGCGGGGAGCAAUUGAUUUAAAAUUAUAAACGAUUAUAAACAGUUGUUGUUCGACUUAUAUGCGCAAACACGUAUUAUUAGAAUUAUUAUUACCAUUAUGCUUCCCAAAGUUGUUGAUUUGUGAUCUCGAACGAUAUGAUUCAUGCCGUUUAAUUAUUCUCUGUGAUGCAGUUGCGCAUCGAAUGCGUCUGCAAUAUGAUCGUAUAAUUUCGGAAGCAAUAAUAUUUCGAUUGUAAAUAUGCGUGUAAACUUCGUGGCCAUUAAAGUAGCUUGACAAAGUCGUCAUGAAUAAAAAGAGCUAAAUAACACGAAGUGUCAUCCCUAAAGUAUAAAGAGUAUUUGCCAAGAGAUUAGUUAUCUCUGCAGUUCUUUUGCGACAAUAUGUUGUGUGUUUUUUUUUUACAUAGUUGAUUCGAGCGCCAUAAAAAAAGACUAGUGACUCGUAUUUUUUAAGUAAUAAAUCCUUAUAGCGCGUCGUUUUACCUUGUAUAAAUUAAUAUUGAUAAAAAUGUAUGUGUAGAGUGAAUCCGUCUGGUGAUUUUAUCUGUUUUGGUUUUCGAGGAGUUGUCUAGUUAACAAAACCAAAUCUGCAUAUUAUCUUGUUGUAAACAACUCAAAACUCUUAAUUUUAGAACAUCAAUAAAUUUGUUUUUUUAUAA